AUGUUAAAUGUUACAGCACAACACAAUAAUAUUGGAAUGGAAAGAAGAGACGGACCAUUUUCUCAGUAUACCACACCUGUACCAACAUUUGUAGUUGUUGAAUCAAGCCAAUCAACUACAAUAAGUAGAUUACCCACCAAUAAUUUAUCAAUUGGUACUCCUUUAGCUACUACUACUACGAGUUAA